AUGGGGCCUAUUUUUAAUGAACUGAGUUCAAAUUAUAGGCAUGUAAAUUUUGCGAAGGUUGACGAUCAAUUCGCCAAUAACAUUCAAGUGACACUACCCACAUUCAAAUUCUUCAGGAGUGGACAGCAGAUUGCACAGCUCGUUGGUGCGCAGCAGGACGAACUUAGAAGACUCGUCGAACAGCACGCCGGAUCUCCUGAAUCAAGUGAACAUGGAUAUAGGGAUUUAAGUGAAUUCAUUACCCUCAAUCAAGUCGAUUGUCUCAAUCAACAUGAAGUGCACAAUGUUCGGAACGUCUUUAAAAAAGACGAUGGGUACUUGGAAUCGGAUGUGGACGAGCAACUCCUAAUCUCUAUUCCCUUCAAUCAGACCGUGAAGCUUUAUUCAUUAAAGGUCGUUUGUAAAGAUAUUGAGCACGCCCCCAAGACAAUUAAACUUUUUGCCAACAGACUUAACAUCGGUUUUGACGAGAUUGAUUCUAUCAAAGAAACUCAAUUAAUCCAACUUAAUGAGAAAGACUAUGAAGAAAACACUUCUGUCUUUCCCCUAAAAUUUGUCAAAUUCCAAAGUGUAGUAAACAUUACUGUAUUUGUCCAGGAUAACAUUGGAGAUGAAGAGACCACAACCAUCAAAGAAUUGAUAUUCAUCGGAUCUCCGAUCGAGACAACCAAGAUGGAGAAUUUGAAUCGAAAAAACGAAGAGGGUUAG